UCCGGGUCGGUGCCCCUAGGUAGGCUGUCGGACCGGAACAUCCCUGUCGAACCUGCCUUGUUUUUCCUCAGCAGCCGCAGAGACCCGCGGUAAUUAGUUCACUAACUCAACAAGCGGACCGUUCCGUGUGCCGGAAACUGCGAGGAGCUGCUAGCCCAGGGGGGAGCGGACCAGAAGACCCGAAAGCCCCGGCCCAGAGCAGUAUGUGGGUGUCAUUGAAUGUCCUGCAGCCGCUGUUCUCUGUGACCAUGAAACUCCGGGGGUCCCCGUUGCUGAUGGCCUGGCUGGGUGUCCUGAGCUGCGUGCAGGCGGAGUUCUUCACCUCCAUUGGGCACAUGACUGACCUGAUUUACGCAGAGAAGGACCUGGUGCAGUCUCUGAAGGAGUACAUCCUCGUGGAGGAGGCCAAGCUCGCCAAGAUUAAGAGCUGGGCCAACAAAAUGGAAGCCCUGACCAGCAAGUCGGCUGCUGACCCUGAGGGCUACCUGGCCCACCCCGUGAAUGCCUACAAACUGGUGAAGCGGCUGAACACAGACUGGCCUGCGCUGGAAGACCUUGUGCUGCAGGACGCGGCUGCAGGUUUUGUCGCCAACUUCUCAGUGCAGCGGCAGUUCUUCCCCACGGACGAGGACGAGAUGGGGGCCGCCAAGGCCCUGAUGAGGCUUCAGGACACGUACAGGCUGGACCCCGACACGAUUUCCAGAGGGGAGCUUCCAGGAACCAAGUACGAGGCGGUGCUGAGCGUGGACGACUGCUUUGGGAUGGGCCGCUCGGCCUACAACGAAGGGGACUAUUACCACACGGUGCUGUGGAUGGAGCAGGUGCUGAAGCAGCUGGACGCUGGGGAAGAGGCCGCCACAGCCAAGUCCCAGGUGCUGGACUACCUCAGCUACGCCGUCUUCCAGCUGGGCGACCUGCACCGCGCCCUGGAGCUCACCCGCCGCCUGCUCUCCCUGGACCCAAGCCACGAACGAGCUGGAGGGAAUCUGCGGUACUUUGAACGGCUGUUGGAGGAAGAAAGAGAAAAAACGCUAUCAAAUCAGACAGAGGCUGAGCUCGCGGCCCUGGAAGGCGUCUACGAGAGGCCCGUGGACUACCUGCCCGAGCGGGAGGUGUACGAGAGCCUGUGUCGCGGGGAGGGCGUCAAACUGACCCCCCGCAGGCAGAAGCGGCUCUUCUGUAGGUAUCACCACGGCAACGGGGCCCCGCAGCUGCUCAUCGCCCCCUUCAAGGAGGAGGACGAGUGGGACAGCCCACACAUCGUCAGGUACUACGACGUCAUGUCUGACGAGGAAAUCGAGAGGAUCAAGGAGAUCGCAAAGCCCAAACUUGCACGAGCCACUGUUCGUGACCCCAAGACAGGUGUCCUCACUGUCGCCAGCUACAGGGUUUCCAAAAGCUCCUGGUUGGAGGAGGACGACGACCCUGUUGUGGCCCGAGUCAAUCGCCGGAUGCAGCACAUCACCGGGCUGUCAGUAAAGACGGCGGAAUUGCUGCAGGUUGCUAAUUACGGAAUGGGAGGACAGUACGAGCCACACUUUGACUUCUCCAGGCGACCUUUUGACAGCGGCCUGAAAACGGAGGGGAAUAGGUUAGCGACGUUUCUAAACUACAUGAGCGAUGUAGAAGCUGGGGGUGCCACCGUCUUCCCUGAUCUGGGGGCUGCAAUUUGGCCCAAGAAGGGUACAGCUGUCUUCUGGUACAACCUCCUGCGGAGUGGGGAAGGCGACUACCGGACAAGACACGCCGCCUGCCCUGUGCUUGUGGGCUGCAAGUGGGUCUCCAACAAGUGGUUCCACGAACGAGGACAGGAGUUCCUGAGACCUUGUGGAUCAACGGAAGUUGACUGACGUCCCUUUCUGUCCUUCCCCUUCCUGGCCCCACCGCCCACGUCCUUGUCAAGUUCAGCGUGACAGACACCUUUGUAUGUUCCAGUUCUCAGGCGUGUCUUCGGAGGAGUCGGUGUUUGGAGCGGAGGGGGCUGUACCGGGGCAGGUCCUGCGUGAGCAGGGUCCCAGCCCCUCCGGUCAGCCUGUGCCACCCCUGGCCCGGAGGCUGGGGUCUGAGCGGCCGCAGCGGAGCGGGGCUGUGCUGCACCUGGCCAGGUGCCUUUGUACCUCAGAUGUUUAGGUGUGAGAUGUUCCCGUGAACCAAAGUGCUGAUGCCUUGUUUACAUGUUUGUUUUUACGGCAUUUCUAUUAAUUGUGGCUUUAACCAAAAAAUAAAAUGUCCCUGCCAGAAGCCUUAAA